AUGGCGGUGGAGAUGAGGCUCCCGGUGGCUCGGAAGCCCCUUAGCGAGAGCCUGGGGCGUGACACCAAGAAGCACCUGGUGGUGCCGGGGGACACGAUCACCACGGACACGGGCUUCAUGCGGGGCCACGGGACGUACAUGGGCGAGGAGAAGCUUGUGGCCUCCGUGGCUGGUGCGGUGGAGCGUGUGAACAAGCUCAUCUGUGUGAAGGCUUUGAAAACCAGAUACAACGGUGAAGUGGGCGACAUCGUAGUGGGGCGCAUCACAGAGGUCCAGCAGAAAAGAUGGAAGGUGGAGACCAACUCCAGGCUGGACUCGGUCUUGCUGCUGUCAUCCAUGAACCUCCCUGGAGGAGAGCUGAGGAGGCGGUCUGCAGAGGACGAGCUGGCCAUGAGAGGCUUCCUGCAGGAGGGGGAUCUCAUCAGUGCCGAGGUCCAGGCAGUGUUCUCCGAUGGAGCCGUGUCUCUGCACACGAGGAGCCUGAAAUACGGAAAACUGGGCCAGGGCGUGCUGGUGCAGGUCUCGCCGUCCCUGGUGAAGCGGCAGAAGACCCACUUCCACGACCUGCCCUGCGGCGCCUCGGUGAUCCUGGGCAACAACGGCUUCAUCUGGAUCUACCCGACCCCCGAGUACAAGGAGGAGGACGCAGGGGGCUUCAUCGCCAACCUGGAGCCCGUCUCCCUGGCCGACCGAGAGGUCAUCUCCCGGCUCCGGAACUGCGUCGUGGCACUGGUCAGCCAGAGGAUGAUGCUGUAUGACACAAGCAUCCUGUACUGCUACGAGGCGUCCCUGCCGCACCAGAUCAAAGAUAUCUUAAAACCGGAAAUAACGGGGGAGAUCGUGAUGGAGACACGCCAGAGGCUUCUAGAACAGGAGGGCUGAGCGGCUCCAGGGGGCGGCACCAUGCUUGCUGGAGAGAUGUCACCCAGGACAAUGCCGAGGGACACGUGUGCCCCGGUCGGGUGCCAGGACUGGCUGUCCUUGGGCUGUCCCCAGGUUCUCAGAGUGUGCGGGGUCCCGGCGACACCGCCUCUGCCCACACCCCGGAAGCAUGGGGAGAUGCCUUUGUCUCCCCCUCGCUUUUAUGCACAAGGCCUCAGCACCGCAGGACGACAGUCACCCUUCACUCCUACUCCUGUCAGGCCUCUGGUGCCACUGCCCCGGAAGACAUGCUCGGGAAUGCUGGCCCCUCCGGCUCAGGCAACCUCGACUCCAGUUCCUUCUGGUGGGCCACAGCCCCAGGCCUGCCCACGUUUCCCUGCGCGGGAGUGCACUGGAAGCGGGAUGGUGUGGCGAGGGUGUGUCACUGCCCGGG